AUGGUCUCAAUCUCUAGUUUCAAGUCUUCUUCAAUACAGCAUGAUGUUCAUUUAGUAAAUCAUUUGCAUACAUUUGAUAGGUCACUGCAGCGCUUUGCUCGACAUUUUGUUCCGGCGAAUAUUGAGCCAGAAUAAACUGUCUUUCUGCUCAAUCCUGCGUUUUGUUGUUGCUUUAUCUCUCUGCAUUAACACUCCUGCUGCUUCUUUGGCUGAAGUUUUUUAAGGUAUACCUAAAGUCAGUCUGAACGUUGCCUUAGGCUACAUCCACACAGCUACGUUUCCGCUUUGAAACGUAUAUCUUUUGCUAUGUUUAUGCGUAGCGUCCACACUACUCAGUCAUUACGUGUCUGUCCCUGAUUUGUCAUGCCGCCGGAAGCCAUAAAACUUUGUAUAAAAAGUAAAUUUGAUGCGUUUGUGUGUGAGAGAGAGAGAGAGAAGAGAGAGAGAGCAGCAGUCUUGUAACAAAGUUUGAAAAAUAAAACUUGAAAGAAUGAUCCCAAUCGCUUCCACGCAGUGAGCCAAACAACUUAUUAACAAAACAUUGGUAUCGGAUUAGUACUCUGUAUCGGCCAAUAUCCAAAGCCAAGGUAUCGGUAUUGGGUCUGUCUGUUUGAGUAUCGAAAGGAAGAUCUUAAGUAUCAAGCCAGACCUUUUAUUCGUCAAGAGUACUGUAAUACUGCCCGGUUUACGUGAAUAGUGAUGUGAUAUUCGUUUUCAGGCGUGUUAGUACGGACGGAAAUCAUUUCUAAAACAAUGCAGAUGUGGACGUAGAUCGUUUUUAGUUGAAAAAGUGUGGAUGUAGCCUUAAUCUAUGCCUCAACACUUGUUUCUGUUUGUUUCUACGGUGUGUCCGAAAUGACUUACUACUUACUAUACAGUGUUCCAUAUUGUGAGUCGUAAGCUACCAGCAUUAAGUGCAGUGUUUUCAGGAUUGUCUGAAUCUUUCGGUAUGAUCUAAUGUCACCUCCUGAAAUGGAAAUUGCGGUUCUGGUCUGUUACAUUUUUGCAAUGUGCAUUGUCUGCUGGUGCCAGUCUCAAUCCACCAGAGAUAAACAUGGAAGAAAAUAAAUGAGUUUGUGUCUGUUCCGGAUGUGUCCAGUGACCUUGUUUUCUAUUUGUUAUCUAUGUUUUGUUGCCUUUGCCCUCUCUGUACUUUCUUGCUAGUGAACACUCAGAAGUGAAAUAGACUGAAUUAAUGUGCGUCAUACAGCGCCAGAGUGGACGACUUCAAGACAAGACCAUCCAGAUGUUGGAAUUAACCCAUCCAAGAAGCUGAAGUCCAAUCCCAUUCAAUAACCCCAUCCUUUGUUUGUUUUUUUGUUGUUGUUUUUUUUUACUUUUCAGCUUUGCAUUGCUAUCGGAGCAUUGUGCCCCUUCUCCCGCUCCACGGCCCCUAACAAGCCCCUUGCUUGGAGGGCUCCACAGGAGCUCGCUCCUGAUUGGCCAGCAGGCUGCCUCCUUGCGGCUGGCUCAACUGAAAGCCCAGCUAGCAGUGACGCAGAUAAACAACGCUCUCGCUGUUGGCAGCCGAGCCGCGACCUACAUACCCACAACGCCCCCCUCCCCAACUGUUGCGGCCAUCAAUCUCCUUCACCUUCUGAAGAUCGCAAACACCAUGUCCCAUCCCCUGUACAACCCCUAUGCCUCUGGGAACCAAAGAGCCACCCAAGGGCAGUAUGGACUCUCCGGUGGACCGCCAGAGAGGGACCCUCGGACGGCAGCUCCUCGCCUUGGACCUGGGUCCAGCUUCAGCUCUCCUGGAACUUCUUCUGUGACUUCUGCCAACUCUGGGGGAAUAAUUCCGCCACUGCUGCCUCAGUUGAUGAGCUACAGGCCUGAACCGAGUAGGGCCAUUAUAGACAAGAACAUGGAGAGGUCUAUAGACAUGCAUAUUAGUAGAGCCAGAGAGGAGGUGAGGCUUCUUGGCAAACCAAUGCAACAGCCCAUAGACUCUCGCUUUACUGGCACUCAAAGGGAGCUUCUCUCCUCAGGCUCAGGGAUGGUCUCCUACUCAACGUCCUCAACCUCUGCCUCUCUAGGACGUAGAUACCCGGGAGUUGAAAGUGGCAGUAGCUCCUCGGACUGGUCAUUGAACUACGAAAGGCCCACUGGCGAUGAACCCUCAACAUUUUAUUCAUCGUCUGCUUCGUCUAACUAUGCAAGCGGUGUUGAUGGUAGGUUUAAUGCUUCCAGUGACAGAGAACGUGAUAUGCCGUCCAUUCCAGGGUUAGGUGAUUUUGACAAACCCUCUCCGGACAAUCCUGCGGCCCCUACAGAGCCCAAUCGACAAAAGUACACCUCUGAGUCAGCUUCUAACAUCCUUGUGCAUUUUGGACUUGAAAAAGAGGACUUGGAACAUCUCAUCUCGUAUCCCGAAAACCAGAUCACCCCUGCUAACCUGCCGUUCAUCUUGCGGCAAAUUCGCCUUGAGAAGACCAAGAGAGCUACGACUGAUGCUCAGUCAAAACCCCGUCCCGAACCCCAACCCACCAGAAUGAGUCAUUCUGGAGGGGCAGGGAUGCGCCAGGAGGAAAUAUCGCCGGCUGUUCGCCAGCCGAGUAAUGUGAUUGACUAUGGACAUACAGGCAAAUAUACUGGAGGGGCUGGAGAAGAGAUUGGAAGGACCAGCGUCAGUAGAGAUAACAGCGGUGGGAGUGGAAGUAUGUUGCCAAUGGACACUUACAAUAGUAGCAGACACGGUCGAGAACCACUGCAAAAAACAGAGGUGAAAAGCAGUGGCUUGGGUUUUUCUCGUGACCAGGCGAGUUCUGUUUCCAGUUUCAGCUCUUUGCACAGUUCAACACCGAGCUUUGUUUCUCCCCCAAGCAAUGAUCAGACUAACCGAUUGCAAACCCAAACAAUCGCCAACCCUUUCUAUCGGAAAGACACGGACAUCAGAGCUGUCAAGUCUGAAGCCUCCAAACCCAUUCCUUUGAAAGAACCAGAGGCAGAUCGCCAGUCAACAAUGAAAACCCAACCACCAUGCACUUUGUUACGUGGUGUGCAUCCUAGUAGACCUGGCCUUGUGCUCAUUGACAGUAAUGACACCAGAGGUAUUAAGAACCAGAGUAAAACCCCAGGACAGGGGUCAACCAUUGCUGAGCAGAUGCAGAAGCAGCCAGUGCAGCAGACGCAGCAGAUGCAGAAGCAGCCAGUGCAGCAGACGCAGCAGAUGCAGAAGCAGCCGGUGCAGCAAACACAGAUGCAGAAGCAGCCGGUGCAGCAGACGCAGCAGCAACCGAAGCAGCCAGUACCACAAGCCAUGUGGCCUCCAUUUUUUCCUGCUGCAAAGUCAGUUCCCCCUGCAUCUCACAUGCCCAGCAUCACUGAUGCCAUGCAGCGUCCGGUGUUCAUUCCUGUUGGUCCUCCCCCCAUCGUUAGUCCUCCAGCUCUGCCUCAGCCAAUCCCAGAUCUGAUGGGCUUCAUUCAUGGGACGAUGCCACCUUCCAACAGGCGGCCUCCGGCAAAGGCUGCAGUCUCCAAGGGUCUGCCAACAGCGGCCAUGAUGCAUGAUUAUGCAGCGGCUUCACCAAGACUCUUUCCACAUACCUGUUGUCUGUGUAACAGAGAAUGUCGUCGCAUGAAGGAUUGGAUCUCCCACCAGAACACCAGCUGUCACCUUGAGAGCUGCAGAGUCCUCCGAAAACAAUACCCGGAGUGGGAUGGUGAGAUUGCACUCAGCGCUGCAGGUAAAGAUGCCUCGCCCUCAGCCUCUUCACAGACUUCUCAGCAUCGUCAGAAAGCCAGACAUGGAAGCCGCUCCCGCUCGCCUAGUCCCCGUCGGCACCACCGCUCAGAGGGCAGACAGGAGAGACACAGUCGGCGAUCACGAUCACAAUCGCCGUACAGCUCCAGAUACACUCACAGAUCUCGUUCUCCUUCCCCGCGGUACGACCGCCCUACUUCCUCCCGCAAUUGGUCACGUUCAAGAAGUCCUGAGAGACAAUCUUCACCACGGAGAAGAGAUGAUAGAUGGUCGUCUCCGAGGUGGAGCGACGAGAGAUCGCCAUCGAGAAGGAGCGACGAGAGACAAUCGCCAUCGAGAAGGAGCGACAAGAGACGGUCGCAAUCAGGGAGGAGCGAUGAGAGACGAUCCCCCAAACGAAAGUCGAGCAAUACAGACAACUUGGUUAAGAAACUACUGGAAACAUCAGCUGUCCAGUCUCUGUCAAAACAGUCUGACCUGGAGACUGUGGUUAAAACUCUGGCUCCCGCCUUAAUGGCCGAGCUAGCCAAGAUGAAGUCCACAUCGUCGUCAUCCUCCGCUUCCAUUGGAGGAAAGCCCUCCUCGUCUUCUGCCUCUUCCUCCACCAAAAAGCCUUCUAAAGCAACUCCCAGUCUGAAAAAGAGCGAGUCUGAUGAAUCUUUGCUACCAACCGAGGUGGAACUGGAGGGGGUUAAUUAUUAUAUCCCUCACAAUGAAUUGUUGCUUGCUGUGAAGAACUUUGGAAAAACCAAGUCGGUUGUAAUGUUCCGGUCCACAGGGAAGGCAAUCGUGAGAUUCUAUAAAGAGGAAGACGCAAAGAAAUUGAUGAGCAUAAAGAGCCUCGAUGUGAAAGGAAUUCAAAUCACUGUUGUUGGAAGAAAGGAGACUGUUUCGAAGGAGCAAAAUAAGCCUCCCCGGAAAAAACCUUCCAAGUUCAGCAACGCCACACCUCAAACCACUUCCACUGCUCUUCUCUCUACUCCUAAAAAGCCUCCACCUUCACCUUCUGGAGCCAAAAGAGCUACAACAGGCAAACUCCAGAAAAGUGCAGCGAAAGGCUCAGUUAAAGGCUUGGCGACCCAAGCAAAAACGAAAAACGUCCCAGGCAAGCCGACAAAUAAAAUGAUAAAAACAGGAAAGUUGCCUGUGACAGGACGUGGGAGAAGGCCCGUGAGAAAGGCCGUGGUAAAGCAAAAAACAUCACCAGGAUCCAAGUCCACAACUCCAGAAAAUCAGCCUGAUGUAGAGAAAUCCAAACCAAAGGAAUCUGAAACCAAGGUUCAAGAAGCUGUGGCAAAAGACCCAGCCAAGGUUGUUGAAAAAGAACUUGAUGACGCAAAUGACGCCAAAGUUGCUGAACCAAUGGAGAUUGGUGAAAUGGGAGUUGAAGUGGUGGAGCCAAUGGAAGUUGGAAGUUGUGCUAAGGAAGAAGAAAAACCGACAAAUACGGAGGCUGCACCAGAAAGUUCAGCAGACAAAGCCAGUGAGAGUCAACCAUCUAAGAGUACAGUUGAUACAAGGCCAACAGAAACCUCUGUCACAGCUGUACCACACCUCCAGCAGAGCACCUUGUCAGAACCAGAGUCCACUGCACAAGGACCGAAGACUAAGACGGAGGCUUCACACAUGACAGAGCAGGCUGCAGGAAGCUCUACUGAAGCCACUGUGGAGGAAGAGCUGCCACGUGGAGGGACAGAAACAAUGGAAAAAGAAUUUGACUGUCAAGAAAAAUCUACAGAGGCUGCACCAGAAAGUUCAGCAGACGCAUCCAGUGACAGUAAACCAUCUAAGAGUCCAGUUGAUACAGAGCCAACAGAAACCCCUGUCGCAGCUGUACCGCACGUCAAGCAGAGCACCUUGUCAGAACCAGAGUCCACUGCACAAGGACCGGAGACCAAGACGGAGGCUUCACACAUGACAGAGCAGGCUGCAGGAAGCUCUACUGAAGCCACUGUGGAGGAAGUGCUGCCAGGUGGAGGGGCGGAGACAGAAACAAUGGAAAAAGAUCCUGAGAUGGCAGUGGAGACACAAGCAGAUGCAGAAUCAGCCAUGGAGGCUUCCGAAAGCAACAAGCCGCCUGUUACUUGUCUGACUUUUGGGGAGAUGAUAGAAAAGCACCUGUAUCGACAAAAAAUACCGUGCUUCAAGUGGAAAACCUGCCUCUCGCAGAAGUUUACUUCACCUGAUAGAAAGCUGUUGCUCAUCACCAACCUGCCGGAGUAUCACGACGGCUGCUACACAGAGGAAGACCUCGCCAAACUGCUCAUGCCACUUGGCUUUCAAUAUGCAGAAGACAGCAUCUAUGUUAUUCCUCAGACGUGCAUGGCCUUCGUCUUAAUGCCGGAAUUCAAGGAUGUGAUUAAGAUAUUGAAACUACAUAAGGGCAUUCAUUUCAAAGGGUCGAAACUUGCUUUCCAUGUUGUCUCUUGCAGCUUUGAAAUGGCACCGUUCUUCUUUUAUAAAACACUGAUGAAGCUGCUGCGUUUUCGGGGGGUUGUUGAUGCAUCAAAAAUUGUCUACAUCCAGAACAUUUCAUGGAGUGAGACCAGGGAGCUCAGACAAUCUUUGAAAAAAAUGCAGUUUGUCAGGAACUUCUUUCCUCUCCUAAACAAGGUAUUUGUUGAAUUUGAGGCCCCUGUCCAUGCUGAUCGGCUCGGAGUUUGGUACAGUUUCCUGAAACAAGCCCCUGAUCAUAAACUCUACAGGCUGGCCAUACCAUCCGUUGGGAAUCGUGUUUUACACUUACCAAAAUCUCCUGGGAAUGCUCUGCCUCCCCUCAAGGAUCUUAUUCGCGGGGCAAGGAUCCUGCAUACGAAAUGUAGCCUUCCGCAGGACACUCUUGGACCAUUUUGGGUCACGCUGAGAUCUCAUCCCUUUGUGUUCCCUACCAAGUCUCCUUGGUUCAUCAUCCCAAAGUACCAGACACUCAAAGUACUGCCUGAUAUUGAGAGGGCCAGACAAGGUUCCAGGUUCCCAACAAUCAUGUUGACCGGUUUGCCACCUGGAAACUACAGCCACGUGGACGUGGCCAGUCUGGUUUGGCGGUAUUUCCCCAAAUGGAACCUUCGCUCCAUGUACUACAACGUGAUGAUCUUACCUCUGCAGAGGAGGGCCUUUGUGUUUUUCACUGAUUGGACGUCGUGCUGCGAUUUCGUCCACGAGCACAUCAGAAAUCCAGUUUGUUUGAAAUAUUGCCUGCUCAGUGUUCACUUCGUCAUGGAGAACAUAUCUCCCAUAUCCAGUGAGGAGAUACUGUACAGAACUCUGAUGGCGUGGAGCAACGCUGGAGUUCCAGAGCCAAAGCUUCUGGAGGAGCGGUUGCUGUGUGUGGAGACCUCUGAGAUGUCUGUGGACAUCAUCGGGGUGGUCAUGGGAGUGGUGGCGUCUACUGCGCCCUUUGUCGGCUUUCUGCCACUCUCCAACAGGAUAUGCAUUGAGAUGGUCGACUCCAGCGGUGUAACAAAAAUGGUGGAGAAAUACAAGUCUUACAUACCAGACUCCUGUGACAGCUACGAUGCUUGGAGUAAAGUUCAACAUGUUGAGACUUUGAAGAGCCUUAAACAGCGUCUAAAAGAUGCUGGUGAUAACAUGGAAGCGAAACCCAUCAAAGCCCAGCCCCCAGCUGUGAAAUGUCAAACCCAGCCCUCUUUGUCUGAUAAUGGGUCACAACCUGCUCAGCAAACCAGUGGCUCUGGUGGAUCCACCAUUUCUGAGCCCACCACAGCUGGACCAAGUGCUAGUGCUGCAAGUUACGUAGCAAUAACGAAAGACCACGAGAAACCAGGAACAGAGUUUGCCAUGGACUCCACUUCUGGUCCUGAGGCAAAUGAAGGGGUAAAGAAAGCAGAAGAAAAGGGGGAAGAGGACCCACAAACAACUUCAAGCUUUACUGCUGAUGUUACGUCUUCAACUGCAGUCAGCAGUGGGAACACAGUCCCAGCUGCUUCCAGUCCUGCCCCAUCAGCCACAGCGCUCAUGCCUGAAAAAAGCGUUGCAGUACUUCCUCAGAUUAAUGCAGAUGUUUUCCAGGCCAUCGCGGCAGCAGUUCGCAACCACAGGCUCACCCGAGAGACCAGUUCCAAGAGUGAGGAGGAGAAUCCCAGCAAAAGCAACACAAGCUCUCGACCUGCAACGGCUGAAGACGCACCACAAAGAAAGGGUCAGGAUGAUUCUACAGAGGACAUCGAUUCAUCAGAUUCCUGUCGUUUUGAUGAGCUAAAUUUCAACAUGGAUGACUUUGUCACUGUCGACGAAGUCGGCGAUGACGUGGGUGACACGAGCCCCGAGCCUCAUAGCUCCUCCUCCUCCAAGCAAGGCUCCAGAUCAAGAAGAGAGAGGCAAAGCUCAGGAGUGUCUGCUGGCAGACGGACCUCAACAAGGUUUUCGAAAGACUCUAAGAGCGCAGCCUCUACCUCAUCUUCCUCAUCCAAGUCGAUUAAAGACUUAAGCUCGUCGGGCUCUGCGUCACCAAAAAAGUCCAAGUACUCAUUUGAGCCUACCAAAUCCCCUGUCAAACCCUCGGCCUCUGCCAGUGCCAGUAAGUCCUCCCCCUCUUCUUCUCCACUGUCUAUUGAAACCCCUUCUGCCCCUGGUCAGAAAACACAACAGAGCAACACACAAUCUCCAGCCAAAGCAUCCAACACUGCAUCCUCUGGUUUAAGCACCCGCUCAUCCUCCGCUGCACGUGAAACAAAAAGGAUAACAUCAGCAGCAACGGUCUCAAUAGGAAGUCGUUCUGAGCUGCUUAUAGAAGAAAAAGACACAGAGUGCACUGUGGCCAAGUCUGACCACAAAGUGUCAGCAGAAAGCAUCGCUGCAAAAACUGUUACAUCCGAGACAAAAAUGGAAACAUCAGAGAUGCAUCCACCUGAACCGGAACAUGGGUUAGAGUUGAGCCAAGCCCAGACUCCGGAGAUUGCUAUUAAUGUCAACGCACCUGAAGAGCAGAAGAGAAGCGAAGAGGAAAGGAAAGAAGAGGAUGUCGACAAACAUACAGCGGUGGAAGAGGAUGAAAGUUACCAAAUCCUUGAUUCACUUGAUGAUCAAACAGACGGACCGAAGGAUGAUGGGAACCAAGCCAGCAGCUCUGAAGCCCAGCUAAGUGGACCUAAAGGAGGCCAGACUUUGCACGACGAAAGCUUUCAGGUCUCGGACAGUGUCGACGAUGAACUCAAAGCCUGCCCACCGGAGUGUAAUGAAACGGAAAUCGACGGUUCUCUCCAAGUGUUGGACAGUGUUGCCCAAGGCAAAGCAACUACAGGUCAAGAGGACAGUCCCCUGGUUCAAGAUGACGGUUCCACAGUAAAGCAACUGUCUGAGGAUCACGAGACAAGUAAUGCAGAUACUUUCCAGGUGUUAGAUACUGGUAGUAAACACACUCUAAAGGAUAUGGGAGAUGGGAAGAAGAGAAAAGAGGAGGAAGUCAAAAUGUUUUCUGCAGAGUCCUGCAAUGCUGUCCACGAUGUGGAUAAUCGUGACAGCCAAAUUCCAAAUGAAGACCAGCCUCUUCAAGACCCCGACAACAAAGUAACUUUAAAAGACCCAGACAGGGAUGCUACUGAACAAGAAACCUUUGAGAUAUUGGAUUCAAUUGAUGAUCUUACUUCAGCAGAAGAUGACAACCAGAGCCUUGAAACUCCCAGUGACCACAUCUCUUCUCAAGAAGACAUUAGGCCCAUGGAGGAAGAGGAAGACACAUAUCGGGUAAUUGAUUCUGUGGAAGAUCAGCCAAUGACAGAGACUGGCAACACAGGAAAAAGGAACAUGCGAGGGAAGGCAACGGCUAGAAAAGAUGAUAGACCAUCAAAGAGGAGUGGCUCCACAACCACAGCACCCAAAAGUGAAGAGAAGGAGAAAUCGCCAAAGAAACCGGACAGGACAGUUAAAAAAUAUGAGACGCGGACGAAGAUGGAACUCACUGCAAGAGUUUCUAGGAAAGACAAAGACGUCUCUGAGGACAUGGUGUAUAAGAUAGUAGAUUCUGUUGACGACGAACCGCUUGCCACCAUAGAAAUGUCUGGUAGAAGAAGGAGUGCAAGAGGAAAGAAAGAGGACAAAAUCACAUUGGACCUCACAGAAGCAUCUGAAAAACCAGAGGAGGCUACAUACAAGAUUUUAGACUCUGUGGACGAAGAAACUGCCAAUGAUGAACCAACGAUGAGACCUACCAGAGGAAAAAGGGGAAGACCAGCUAAGAAAGAGGCUUCAAAUGAGAAGACAAAAACCGAGGACACGCCAACAAGACGGAGGCAAACUCCUGCCAGAGAGUCUCAGGAACGAAACAGGGAAAAAACACCAAAGAAAGAAGAGAGAGCCCCUCCGAAAGAGAGCACCCCAUCAAAGAAGAGCGAUACUGUUGUAAGUGAGUUAAGUGAGGAGGAUGCAACCUAUGAGGUAUUCGACUCUAUUGAGGACGAGGUUGUUCAGGAUGAUCGGCCUGCUACAAGAAGAAAAGGAACAAGGGGAAGACCAAAGAACGACGUCAAAACAACUAAAAAAGAUUCCAGCUUAACAUUAAAGAAGGGUGACAAAGACGUGUCCAAAAAUGUGACCGAUGAAGAAGAGGCGACCUAUCAGAUUCUUGACUCUGUGGAGGGCGAGACGGCUGACGAUCAGCCCCACUCGGGACCGUCAGAAGAGACCGUUUUGAAAAACAUUGACCAGCAAACAAAGGAAAGUGAAUCUCUGACAGGAUCACCCAAAAAUGAGGAGGAAGAUGAGCCGAUGUAUCAAAUCAUAGAUUCUCUGGAUGACGAUCAAGUUCAAGAACAGCUGGCGACUGUAGAGGACAAGACAAAAGAUAAAACUUCUUCAAAAGAAGAGUUAUCAGCGGAAAAAGAAGACACACCGACAUGUGUUGGCGCAGUUGUGGAAGAGACCGAAAAGGAAGAGGAGACUCUGUUUCAGAUAGUUGAUGAUUUAGUGGAGUCAAAUGAUGAUGCAUCUGCUGCAGAAGGGUCUGGUACAGGAAAUAAGGAAAGUACACCCAGAGCAGACAUUCAGAAAGAGGACAGAUUAACAACUAAAUCCCAGAGCGAUGCUGCCAUUCUUGAGAUGGAGAACAAAGAAAGGUCGCCUGAGAAAGACGACACAACGAGCACUCUGGUGAACCUGGACGAAGUGAGCGAGGAGGAGGAGGAUUACCCAGACGACGCGGUCGAGGAGGAAGAACUGAGGAAGCGACAAGCCGCUGUAAAAAAGAAGCAGUCCACCAAGGAGAGAGAAGCAAGGAGGAGCAAGGAGAGGGAGGAAAGGAGGACCAGGGACACAGAGCAGAGGGAGCGAAGUAGCCGGAGCGGCAGCAGCAGUGGAGGAGCAAGGAGGGAAAAGGAGAAGAGGGCGAGGGAAAAGGAGGAGAUGGUGGCGGUAGACCCCAAGGAGCUGGUGACUCUGGAUGAGGUGGGCGCAGAUGACGCUGGACAGGAGAGAGCGCUAGAGAGCAAGGAGUGGGAUGAGGAGAUCACGGAGGGGGAGCUGCAGGCACUCGUCACUCUGGAUGAGUUCAUAGAAGAAGAGGAGGAUGGGAAGGUCGAGCAAAGCCCGCCGGAGACCCACCCACCCAGCCAGGAGGACGAAUCGGUGGACUUCUUAAACCCAGAGACUUUGGUGACUUUGGAUGAAGCUGGCGAUGAUGAGGAGGAGAAGCCGGACGAAGAGCAAGCUGAGCGAACCCCAACAUCUGCCAAACGCAAAACCGAUGAUGACUCGGUUUUAGAAGAAAGUAUGAACUUUGUGACAGUGGACGAGGUGGGAGAGGAGGAGGAGGAGGAGGAGGAGGAGGAAAAGGAAGCGGUAAAAACCAGGACAAGAGGACGACCCAAGAAGAGAACCAGACAAACCCCCGUGAGGAAAUCUACCAGAGGGAAAAAGGUGACCGCAAAAGACGAGAGAGAACAAGAAACGGAGCCAGCUGGCACUGAUGUACUGCCUCCAACUGCACUCGAUGCCUCCUCGUCACUGGACAAAGGUCCAUCUGUGGUGUCAAGCGUCGGCCAGCCGGAGAUCCAGAAGACGGAGGUGGAAGCAGCCGGCCAAGCCGACAUCGAUGCUGCCUCUGCUGGGCAGGAGCUGCAGCCGGAGUGUCCGGAGAACCAGACAUGUGUGGAGGAAGGAGAGAAGGAGGAGAAGGAAGGAGGGAGCAGGGUGGACAUUAAAGUUGCCAGUAAGCGGAGGAGGGAGCUUCUCGGACCUGAAGCAAAGCGCUCUCGUUCUCAGUCUCCUUCUAUCUCCUCUGACCUCAAACUGCCGGCAUUCAAACCCAACAACCCCCUCGGUCAGGAGUUUGUGGUCCCAAAGUCCGGGUACUUCUGUAACCUGUGCUCUAUUUUCUACCUGAACGAGUGCACCGCCAAGGACCUCCACUGCAGCAGCCAGAGACACUAUGACAACCUACAGAAACAUUUCCAGAAGCUUCAACAGAAACCAUCAAGAAGCUCCACACAAAGUUCCCAAGGCUCCGUUUCUGAUUGAUCCCAACUCCAACAUUUAACUGUUGUUGUUUUUUCUUUUCUUGUUAAAGUGUGAAAAGCUGAACUAGUACCACGUCUGCAGCUUUACAAACCCUUACAGAGGGUUUUAGUUGACAAAUCAUUAUGUGUAUAAUACGCCAUGUUGGUCAUAACUAAUUGCUAUAUAGCAUUUGUUUUUCCUAUAAAUGUGUAAAUAUUACUUCUACCAUGAUACUUAAUUGAUAUUUUAGCAUGUAUUGUCCCAUUUCAAACUCUCCAACUCUACAGUUCUGGUGCCUUGCUCUGCCGACAGUUAGUUACAUUUCAUCAGUUGUGAUGUGGAAACAUGGCUCAUUUACUCAUAAAUAAAAGAUUACUACAGUA